CUCCAACUCCCACUCUCUCUCUCGCGUUCACACACCACCCACUCUCCUCUCCAGCACCUCGCACUCCAACUCUAAGAUGGCAGACGCUCAGUACGACUACCUGUUCAAGGUGGUCCUCAUUGGUGAUAGUGGCGCUGGCAAGUCGAACCUGCUGAGUCGAUUUACAAGGAACGAGUUCAGCCUGGACAGCAAGUCUACCAUUGGCGUCGAGUUUGCGACUAGGAGCAUCGCCGUGGACAACAAGACGGUCAAGGCCCAAAUCUGGGACACGGCCGGUCAAGAGCGUUAUCGUGCCAUCACCUCAGCCUACUAUCGCGGCGCGGUAGGAGCCCUCUUGGUGUACGAUAUCGCCAAACAUCCUUCGUACGUCAACGUCUCCCGUUGGCUCAAGGAGUUGCGUGACCAUGCCGAUUCGAAUAUCGUCAUUAUGCUCGUGGGGAACAAGAGCGAUUUGAGGCACCUCAGAGCUGUUCCUACUGAUGAGGCGAGGAGUUUUGCUGCUGAGAACAACCUCUCCUUCAUCGAGACGUCGGCCCUUGAUGCGAGCAAUGUAGAGCAGGCAUUCCAGAACAUCCUCACGGAAAUCUACCGCAUCGUCUCGAACAAGGCCCUCCAAUCAUCGGACGAGGUCAUCAAGCCUACCGGUGGUAGCGAGACGAUUACCGUACAGACUUCGACGGAUGAUGGGGGUGCGGCGAGCAAGAAGGCUGGUGGAUGCUGCUGA